GGUCAUUCCCCGAGCCGCGCCCGCGGCGGGUGGGCGCCCCGAGCCCCGGGGGGCGGCGUGGGGCUGGGGCGGGGGCUGCGCCCGCCCGCCCGGGGGCGGCUUUAAGCGCGGGGGCGGGCGGCCGGUGCUCGCCUCCCGCUGAGCCUCUGCGGAGCCACCGGCGGCGGCGGCGGCGUGGGCUGCGCGGGGCGCGCACGUGUGGCGGCGGCCGGGCGGCUGCGCUGCGUGGCUCUACUGCGCGGCUCUGCGCGGCUCCGCUGCGCGGCGCGCUGGGCCGGGCGCGGAGGAGGGCCCUGCCCCGGCCCCCGGCGGGGCGCUGGGCGCUGCGGGUGUGCAUGGCCCUGCGCGGGCGGCGAUGGCUGCGUGAUGGCCCAGCGCGGGCAGCCCGCACCGCACGCCAUGGCUGCCAAGGAGGAGCUGUACAGCAAAGUCAUCCCCCGGCGGAACCGGCAGCACCGGGCGGGCACCAUCAAACAUGGCUCGUCGCUGGAGAUCCUGCUGUCAAUGGGCUUCCCCAAAGCCCGGGCACAAAAAGCACUGGCAUCGACAGGUGGAAGAAGUGUUCAAGCAGCAUGCGACUGGUUGGCUGUUCUCCCAUGUGGGUGACCCAUUCCUCGAUGACACCCUGCCUCGGGAGUAUGUCCUCUACCUGCGCCCCACCGGCCCCCUGGCUCAGAAGCUGUCUGAGUUCUGGCAGCAAUCAAAGCAGAUCUGUGGGAAGAACAAAGCUCACAACAUUUUCCCACAUAUCACCCUUUGCCAGUUCUUUAUGUGUGAGGACAGCAAGGUCGAUGCUCUCACCGAAGCUCUGCAGGCCACUGUGAUGCGGUGGAAAUGCAAAUUCCCAGCCCCUCUGCCUUUGGAGCUCUACACGUCCUCAAACUUCAUUGGGCUUUUUGUCAAGGAAGAAAGUGCUGAGGUGCUCAAGAAGUUUGCUGCAGACUUCGCUGCAGAGGCUGCUUCUAAAGCAGAUGUUCACGUGGAGCCCCACAAGAAGCAGCUCCAUGUGACACUGGCCUAUCACUUCCAGACCAGCCACCUGCCCACGCUGGAGAAGUUAGCGCAGAACAUUGAUGUCAAGCUGGGCUGCGACUGGGUUGCUGCGAUAUUCUCCCGAGACAUACGCUUUGUUAAUCAUGAGACGCUGCAAGUGAUCUAUCCUUACGCCCCCCAGAAUGAUGAUGAACUGGAGCUGGUCCCAGGGGAUUUUAUUUUCAUGUCCCCUGUGGAACAGACCAGUACAAGUGAGGGCUGGAUUUAUGGCAUUUCCCUUGCAACUGGCUGUUCUGGGCUACUGCCUGAAAAUUACAUCACGAAGGCGGAUGAAUGUGGGACCUGGGUGUUUCAUGGGUCCUAUUCAAUUCUGAAUACUACGUCUUCCCCAUCCCUUCAAGCCUUCACUGACGGAGCUCUGGAAAGAAGACAGCAGGAAGACCAAGGACCUGGGGACGCAGGGCCACUCACCAUCAUCUGCCAGAAUGUGCAGCCCCUGAGAAUAACCAGCCAGCCAGGACCUCAGAAACGCUGCCUGUUUGUCUGCAGACAUGGGGAAAGGAUGGAUGUUGUUUUUGGGAAGUACUGGUUGUCACAGUGUUUUGAUGCCAAAGGAAGGUAUAUACGUAGUAACCUGAAUAUGCCUCACAGCUUACCUCAGAGAAGCGGCGGUUUCAGGGAUUAUGAAAAAGAUGCGCCAAUCACCGUGCUGGGCUGUACGCAGGCAAGGCUUGUUGGUGAAGCCUUGCUAGAAACUAAUACCAUUGUAGACUACAUCUACAGCUCCCCAUCCCUACGGUGUGUACAGACAGCACACAAUAUCCUGAAAGGUAUGCAACAAGAGAACAACCUGAAAAUUCGAAUAGAGCCAGGCUUGUUUGAAUGGACCAAGUGGGUCUCUGGGAACACACUACCCGCCUGGAUACCCCCGGUGGACUUAGCUGCAGCUACUCUAAGUGUUGAUACAACCUACAGACCUCAUAUUCCUGUCAGCAAGUUAGUGGUUUCCGAAUCUUAUGAUACAUACAUAAGUAGAAGCUACCAAGUAACAAAAGAAAUCAUCAGUGAAUGUAAAGGCAAAGGAAAUAACAUCCUGAUAGUGGCACAUGCAUCCUCCCUGGAGGCUUGUACCUGCCAGCUCCAAGGGCUCUCGCCACAGAACUCCAAGGACUUUGUACAGAUGGUCCGAAAGAUUCCAUACUUGGGGUUUUGUUCGUGCGAAGAACUGGGAGAUACAGGUGUGUGGCAGCUUACGGACCCUCCCAUCCUCCCUCUCACACACGGACCAACUGGAGGCUUUAACUGGAGAGAAACCUUACUACAAGAAUAGGCAAAACUAAAUGAGCAAGGAAAACCCAUGGCCUUUCUAAGCGUUGGAGAACGUCUCUUCUUUCUUGUGUUUAUUGACAGUGGAAAAAUUGUCACAAUAUGUUCAGUGGAUCACACAAACAGCUGUUCUAGCAGAUCUCUCAGCCACAGUCAUGCAAAAAUUCUCAUAUUCAACUAGGCAAAUUCAAAAGGGAGUGAUUUGAGGGGGAAAAAAUAUUAAAAUACAGAUUGAAGCUCCUGCACAGCAGGGAGUCUCUAGUCAGUAGCUUGGGUAGUUUUCCAACCUCGAAUGGAGCUCUGAUAACACCAGUAGCUUUCACUGCCUUCUGCACUGCAUUAGGAACAACUAGCACUGUGUAAAAGUUGGGUGUUCAGGAUGCUGGGUGUUUUUUCACUACUAUUUUUGCAAAGCAUUAGCAGGCUUGUUCAGGACCACAUGUUGACACCCCCCUCACUCACAACCCCCAAAUUGUCAGCACCUUGCAUAAAGUCUAUCGCCACCAGCUGGAAAUGAGAGUCCAGCAUUGCCGCUACAGGCAGCAUCAGAUUAUUCCUCUCCUGUAUUUUGAGCACUGUGUUAGGUAGUGUGUUGGGCAUACUGUGGAUGCAAAGACUGAUUGACGCUGAUCCACGCCAGAAGAAAAUUAUGAAUUUCACAUCAGUUACAGAUGAAGUUUGCACAUCAAAAGACAGCACCGUUGUGAACAAAGACUGGGAGCAGUUUCUUUUAAGUGGAGAUGAAAUAAGAAGCCUUUUCCAACCAAACUUGCAGGAUUUAGAAAGUUGCAGGGGUCCUUUAUUUAGGUUAUUAAAAUCCACCCUUGUGCACAGACCCAGCCUAAAGUGUUUGUGUCUUUAAAAUCAGAAGACCUUGGAAGACUGUUUUCCCUUUCAUACUGAGGUUUUGUGCUGGUCAUUUACACGGUGAUGGCUUUCUGUCCCUUGUGAGCUUUUUUGUCGGCCCUGGUGAGAUUCUGCAGUAAGCAGCUUUCUUCAGGAGGUAAUGAUGGAAUCAAAAAGAUGCUGAAUUUCAGCCUCCGCUGCAUGCUUUGCUUCCUUUUCCCUAAUUCCUAAGUGCCAUCUGUCAUAAAGACAAAGCAGAACUGAAAAAAUAGUACACUUAGAUUUAGGAGCAACAUGCUUUGGCCUACUAAGAUGCUAUUUAUCUUAUGGGGGAAGGGUUAGGAUUUUAGGAGAAGGGGAAGAGAAGGGAGCUAAAAAUCAAUAGCUAAAAUCUUUGAAAUCACAAGUGUAUCUUAGUGCAACAGCCUGCAAGAUGCCAAUACCAGCUGCUUCACAGGAGAAUGCAAAACACACCACAGUGGGUAGUUUAUAGCAUAAACUGGCUUCAGAGCGGGUUUCUUUUAGAUUAAUAUUAAAGUCAUCAGCCUUGGGUCAAAAAGUUCCUGCAGACAUUUGUACAGGUCUUAUCAGUGUAGGCUUGCUUUCAGAAGGUACUUAAAAAUGUGUGUAAAUGGGAUGAAAGAGAUUCAGGCAUACUCCUUUCUUGCUUUGGGCCAUAAGUCUGAGUAUUCCCACAAAUAGCAUCAAAGGAAAGUUCAUAAGUGCCAGGAAAGAAAUUCUGGCAUUCUAGGUACCCCUCUUCUGUCCAGCUUUUCUUCUGCAGAAAGUGUUAGUGUCCUCCUUUGAAAUGUUUGUAUGGCACAGAAGUUCAUACUGCCCAACUUUGACAAAGGUUUACUAUUCAUAGCAAGAUCAAAGUUUGUUUUGUGUUGGUUUCUUUUAACCUAUCAAGCCUUCAGCAGGACUGGUCUGGCCUUCAGCAGGAUAUGACCGAGCUGCACUUUCAGCAGUCAGAAGAAAUAAGGAGUGAUAAACUGUAAUCCCUUCUUCCUAAACGAGGCAAAACAAAACACUCAGCGAUUGUGAUGUAACAAAUCUUAAGGGGGUUUAGCUCAGCUUUGUCUCUGGGUCUUAUUAGGCUUGCCAGGGAGAGCACACCAGAUUCUGUACAUAUUUUGUGUCAGCAGAGAGCUCAUGGUGUGCAAUAUGUACUUUGUCACAAUCCAUAAUAGUCCAUUAUUUAUACAUUUAUGACUAUGUAACACACAGUAGGCCAUUCGUAAGUGCAUUAUUAUACCAGGGAUGUAUAGUGAAAAGUCAGGGAGAUAACUUACAUGAUGACAGAAGAAACUGCUCCUGUGCAGUUCUACUGCUGUCACUUUAGUUUUUAACUAUAAUUUGAACUAUUGGAUGUGUACAGACAUUCCGAAGAGCACUUCCAGCUUGUUUUCCUCUAUGCUUACUCAUUGCAAAGUUGCAAAGAGUUUAAAACUAAAUAGAUGACAAUCACACCAAAACUAAUUUGGUUACUGAUGCAUGCAUAAUUCUCCAGACUGCUUUUUAUUUUACAAAAAGGGCCAGCACGAUGUAAUUUGAGACAACAAUAUUGCCUGUACAGAACAGUGGAGGCUGCUGAAGUCCCACUGCAGUUAAGCAACAUUACAAGGAAUUUCUUUAGACAGAAGCAUGAAACAGAGGGAACAAAACCUGAAUGCACAAUAUUAUACUAGCUGAUCUUUGCAUAUAGUAAGUAAUAUAGAAAAGAGUGUUGUUUGAGAAGGUAGAUGUUAAAAUACUCUUCUUAAAAAAAUAUAUAUAUUUUUGGAUGUUUGGGAAAGUAUUUUGACAAUUGUAGUCUUAUCUCAAAUUAGUUUUUUCAGGUGUCAAUCUCAAAAAGAAAAAUCUUAUUUUCUUCUAGCAUUUUGAUUUUUCAUAGGGGUUGUGUGUCAAGUAGUCUCAUGUUGAUAAGGCUUGCGGGGGGGGGGAGAAAAAAUUAUUCCUUUAAAAUUUUUAAUUGAGAUGUUAAGAAUACACAACAAUUGCUGCUUCACUUUCACUCCACUGCUGCUCAUGAAUGUGUAUUUAAUGUCACUUCAGUGUUUUGUCCCAGAAGAACAUUAGACUUGAUCUAUCUAAAGCGUGUGCAAGUCUUUUCCUUGCCUUCACUGUGAGCUGCAUCAGAUCCCAACAGUUCAAUUUGGGUAUAGGAGGCAAUAGCAGUUCCUAAAUUUUUCCCUCUCUUCCCAGUUAAGGAAUAAAGCUGGAAAACUGCCAAGAAUAUGUUGUUUGUCCAGUAUUUUCAUAAACUGCAAUUUAAGGGUUGGUCUAGAAAAAUCAAAGUGCAGAAUCAAAUUCUAGCACAGCAGCAGUUGGUGGGAUGACCAGAAGGUCAAAACCCAAGGUAUUGGAAGAAGUUCAGGAUUGAUCAGGAGUUUGUCCUUAUUACUGGACUUUAUAUCUCCCUCUGCUGAAGGGGCUGGGAGGGAUCUGCAGCAUGCCUCAGCCCCAAGGCUUGAGCUCUGCCUGCAAAUACCUUUCUAAUGUAAUGCAGCUGCCAGGUCUAAAGUUUCAUGCAUUUCCCUUACAUUUAGUGCGGUGGCCGCUACAGCCAAAUACUUAAAUGCUCUGAGCGCAGCACCAGGUUGUCUGUGAGCGUAAAGUGACAUUGUAUACUCAAAUCAACAGAACUUUGUUUAUGCAAGCUGAGGAUCCAGGCUAUAACUUCAGAAAAAAAACCCACCAAAACAACCAAACCUAUUUCCCUUUUCACUCAGUUUGAACAGUUUCAGAAAGAAGUCAGGGGAUGGUAGAAGCCUCUUCUCUCCAGGGAAGUGAUAAUUUACAUCACCAAAUAAGUGGUUGUUUGCAAGAAUUCUGUAGGAAUUAUCUUUAGUGAAGGCAACACAAGCAGUAAUUCUGCAAAGCAAAGAGGGCAGAAGGGAUGUUAGAGUGCUAUUGCCAGCAUAUUCUUUUGUAUCUGCAGGCUGAGCCCCCCAGACAGCAAGAUCUCCAGGACACAGGUACCAUGACCUUAGACUGUGCACUAGCUGGGGCUCUUGGAUAAAAUGUCAGAAGAUGGGGAAGAGGUUGUGUGCAGCAGUAUGACAGACUCAGCCUCUUUACAUAGCUCCAGCAUACUGCACUGGAUGUGAGGGGUUGUAAACUUGUCCCUCUGGGUCCUGUGGGUCCUUACAAAGGCCUGAUCCAGAGACCAGGGAAACAAAGAGGGAUGAGGCACGAUUUUCUUGGCCUACCACUGACUUAAUGAGGAAUUUGGAGGACUCGCAUCUGUGCAGGGUUGAGCCCUUCCAGUCACAAUUUAAGAAAUGCAUGCAGAAGUAGGGUGAGAUUUAGUGUCUAAUUAUAUUGAUGCUAAUCUCAAAAAGAGGGAUGCUGGACAGUUGAGUUAGGCUGUAGCUGACUAACCUUUAUUUAAACCCAAAGCUGAAAAUUAGUUUGUGAUGCUUCACAACUUAAGAUGCAUUGAAAUUCUGUAUGAAAACUAUUGUUUAGGAAGGGAGCCUAAGUAGAUUUGGUUUGUUUUUAAAAAAGAACCUAAGCACAGAGGAAAUUAUAUGAACUUUAAAAACAUACGUGAAACGAUGGUGGUAGCAGACACAAAACGGUGAAUGAACAAAGAAAAAAAAACCUUAAGCAGUAAGCAUGAUUGGUUGCGUACACUCCAAAUCACUACUUACUUCUCACCACUUCCUCAAAUACUUGUUCCCCGGGGAAUAUUCAUGAAUCAUACAUGCUACAUAACAGAAAAUACACAGCCAGUUCCUUUCUAUUACUUCCCACUAAAAGGUAUUUUCUGAAGUUUCUGUGAACAUCUCUUAAAACUUGAUGUUUAUCAAUGGAUACUUUUUUUUCAUGUUAAACCUGUUGUAUCAUUCUGUUUAUUAUGUUUUAUAGUGUGAGCAGAUUGUAUUUAUUUGAGAAAAAUGUUUGCUGUUUAAGAAAAACAAUAAUUGUAUUGCCAAAAAUAGCUGUAAUUACCUGUGACAUCUGUAUUUUUUUAUUUUGGGGGGGUGGGGGGUUGGUUGGUUGUUUUUAAUCUCAGUUUCAAGUGCUAACAACUGUUAAAAAAACCACUGCAUUUUAAUUUGCUUAUGACAUUAAAUGGAUUUCUCUGAAGUCAGACAAAAACAUCUCUUAGAUGAUUUAAUAAAGAUGCCAUGCACCCA